AUGCUGCUCGGCAACGCGUACGACGACAGCGAGGACGAAGAGACCGCUCCCCAAGCCGUCCCGCUGGCGCUGCAGCCGGCGAGUCGCGAGGAUGUUGAGCAGUCCGCCGAGAGCGAAGACGAGGCGAGCGAAGGAGAGGAGGCGAGCGGUGUGGUGCCCGUGGCCCUGAGCGCGGCGGCGGACGCGGCGGAUGACGAGGACGAGGAGGAGGAGGAAGCCGCACGGCAGGCGGCGGCGGAGGCAGCGGCCAGAGCUGCGGCGGCGGAGGCGGCCAGAGUGGCGGAGCUGCCACCGCCCGACUUCACGGGGUGGGUGCCUGCUGGCGGCGGCGCGCCCUCGGCGCGCACGGCGCCUCUGGUGGGUGGGCGCUCGAAGAAACGGAAAGGGCCGGGCGGCGGCGCGAGCCAGAUCAGCAGCGGCUUCAAGGCGGCGGGGCGCGGCACGCCGAUUCAUUGCCACAAGCUGCCUCCAGUGACGGCGGAGCUGGAGCUCGAGCUGGAGGAGCGGAAGAAGAAUAACGGCCUCUCCGCCGCCUACGACUCCGUCUUCCGCUCCGGACCGAGAUCACGCCGAGAUCACGCCGAGAUCACGCCGAGAUCACGCCGAGAUCACGCGAGGCGCGGGACGGCGGCAGAGGAGGACCGGCUGAUGGCGACGCUGAGGUGA